UCGCUCCAGUCAGGACUUUCUCAUCUUCUCUUAUCCUCGUCUUCCUCUUCCGAGGUUCCACUACACCACACUCCACAUUUCCGUCUUUUCUGCAGGCCCCCUCGAUCUGGAUCGGCAAGAAAAUAGCCCAACAAUGGCCAGUGGUGGCGGCGAUGCCAAGAGCCUGACGCAGUGGCUGAGGGAGAAAGGGUUUGACGAGGAGACCAUCGGGCGCAUGUCAAAGCGGUGCAAGAAUCUGCCGAAUCUUGAUGCCAGCGAGGCAUCCGGCGUCUGGGACUACCUCCUCAACGAUGUCAAGAUCGAGCAGCGGAAGCUGCGCUACGUGGUCACCAAGUGCCCCAAGGUGCUCACCGUGUCCGUUGACAGGAAGCUCGUCCCCACGGUCCAGUGCCUCAACACACUGCAGGCCAAGCCAGGGGAGGUCGCGCAGGCCAUUAUCAAGUUCCCGCCGAUACUCUUCCACAGCAUGGAGCAGAAGCUCUGCCCUCUCCUUGCCUUCUUCCAGACCCUGGACAUCUCCGAGAAGCAGCUCGCCAAGCUGCUCAUGGUCAACCCGCGCCUCAUCAGCUACAGCAUCGAGGGCAAGUUCUCACAGACGGUCGACUUCUUUGUCAGCCUUGGCAUUGAAAAGGAGGGCAUGAUUGGCAAGAUCCUGACCAAGGAGCCAUACAUCCUGGGAUAUAGCGUCGACAAACGGCUGCGUCCUACUGCCGAGUUCCUCAAGUCGGUAGUUGGGUUGGAGGGCACAAAUCUCCAGAGGGUUAUCAUGAACUUCCCUGGUAUACUGUCGCGAGAUGCCAACAAGACUUUACGACCCAAUUUCAUGUUCCUACAGAGCGCUGGAUUCAGCAAGGACCAGAUCAUGGCAUUGGUGGCUGGAUACCCUCUUGUUCUCAUCAAGAGUAUCAAGCGUUGCUUGGAGCCCAGAGUGAAGUUCCUGGUUGAGGAAAUGGGGCGGGACAGGGGAGAGGCGGUAGAUUACCCCCAGUUCUUUAGCCAUGGUCUCAGGAAGAGCCUGGAGUACCGUCACAAGAUACUCAAGCAGAUGAACUCGAGGUGCAGUCUCAGUGAGAUGCUUGACUGUAAUCAGAAGAAGUUUGCCAUGAAAUUUGGUUUGAUCGCCGCAGUUUAGGGUCUGGUCGUCUCUUCAGUUACCAUGUAGUGUGUUUUAUCUUCAGGCCUUUUAUCUUCAGGUCAUUGUUUUCUUUGUACCUUUGGGCCAUAUUGGUUGUUGAACAUUUUGUACCUUCGUAGCAAAGCAUGUGAAUUUCCCUUU